ACCAAUGCAGGGAGGCAUGACUGCUGCACAAGUGGCAGCGGGGCCAGCCGGGACAGCGACAAAUGCCUGUUUUACAUGUCAUCAACCGGGACACUUGGCCCGAGAUUGCCCCCAUCGUGCCAUGCACGCCCCGAGUCGGGAUCGCGCCUGCUGCUGCAGCUCCCAUAGCUAACGGCCCAGGACGUGUAGGAGCUGUGAUGGAUGAUCAGGGGGGAAGUACGAGAAUGAUGAUUUCCGGUGAGGAAGCAGCUGAGCUUAUCCCGCUGGAGCAGUACGUAUCACUAGGAUACCCGAGGCUGGGAAUGAUUGGGACAAUUCGACCGGAACUCGAGUCCAGGGAUGUCGCAGAAUGGCGGUCUUCGUCGAGCGAAAUGGAGACGGGAGGCCCUACCUUUGUUAGAGGAGAAAUCGAUGUCCUUGAGGUCACUCGAGCACUGGAUCAUCGAAUCCCUCUCCCAAUCGGCCACCUACUCUCCAUCUCGGAACAGGCGAACGAACACAUGAUGCAACAUUGCAAAGCGAACCGGAAGCGAUUCGCUCUUGCCCGCGCAAACGAACAGAAGGCGAAGGCGCCGCCUUCGGAGGAAAAGGCGGACGUCGCCCCUGAUCCCAUCCGACUGGCGAUGAACGUGACUUUUCAGAAUUUUGUCAAUAAGACGCGGCUGAUUCAGGGGAUGAUUAACUUCUGUGUCAUUGUGUACAUGGAUGACAUUCUGGUGUACUCGGACACGUUUCACGGACACGUGCAACACAUCGAGUGGACGUUGGGUGCGUUGAGAGACGCAGGUUUCAAGAUUGCGCUGGAGAAGAGCGAGUUUUUCCUCCCGGAAAUCUCGUUCUUGGGGUAUGUGGUGACACGUGGAGGCCUGCGGCCGAACUCUCAAAAAGUCGCGGUGGUCAAAGAGGCCCCGGUUCCGACCUCGCUGACGCAGGUUCGAGCCUUUUUGGGUUUGGCCUCGUAUUACCGGCGGUUCAUCAAGGGGUUCGCGGUUGUAGCAAGGCCUCUGACAAACCUGCUGCGAAAAGAACAGCCCCUUCAUUGUGAUGACGAGUGCGACCAGGCCUUCGGGGCCCUGAAGGAUGCUCUCGUCACGGCCCCGAUUCUGAUCCGGCCGGACCCCUUUCGGCAGUUUAUUCUCAUCACCGAUUGGCAGCCGGAGGCUAUUUCGGUCAUCCUGGCGCAGAAGGGAAACGAUGGGAAGGAGCAUGUCAUUGAGUACGCUUCUCGGACGGUGCCAGACGAGCGACGAAACGAUUCCGCGCCACAAGGAGAAUGCUAUGCGGUAGUGUGGGGUAUCCAACACUUCCAUCCGUAUUUGUACGGUCAGAAGUUUCUGCUCGUCACCGACCAUGAACCUCUGUUGGCUCUGAAAAAGCUAACCAACUACACGGGCAUGAUCGGACAGUGGGCGGUGCGAUUGCAAGAAUAUGAAUUCGACAUUGUUCAUCGAAAAACGCAAAGACACGACAACGCUGGCAGACUGACACGUUUGCACCGACCUGGUAAAGUGCAUCAUCCUCGUCUUAGUCCGGACCUUCAACGGGUUGCGCAAUUGUUCUGCUCGAGGGGCGUCUACGCGGCAGCAGAGAUCCACGUCGACGGGAGGGCUGACGCGAUCAUAUUGGCUGAAGCUGUCAAGUUGCGGCAGCGAACAUCUGUAGACGACGGCCGGAUAAUGGUGGUGGUUAAUUUCAGUGGGGAUCUCACGGCGAUCCCCCCCAUCCGACACACGAGAAUCAAGGCGAUGUUGCUUCUGUGGGCGCACAAUCUUCAGAAUGAGCGGACCCAGAUCCUGGCGCACCAAGGAUCGCCGUACGAGGACGAAGUGGAGGAGAUAAUCCGCGAGGAGCUCACGGAAGAAAGUUCGGAGGAAGAGGAGGAGAAUUUGAACGAAGACGAAGGGGAGCCGGCACAGCAACAAGAAGGCGACGAAGAUGAGCUCCUGCAAACGGAGAGCGAAGAAGAAGCAGAAGAAGAAGAAGACAACGAGCAGGGGAGCGGUGAUGACAACGACGAGGAGCAGGCCAACGAGGAUCCCCAACUACAAAUUGCGCCGGUUGCUGAUCUUCCGAUCAGCAACGAUCCAACGCUCGACCCGGAGCCACCUCAGCCAGACGACGGCCAUGUGGCCCAGGUGGCUGGGCCGUCCGCUCGCCGGCCUCCUUUCCCACCGCGACGCCCACGACGAAGCCGCUCCCCCUCCGCCUCCCUCUCCCUCGCAGCCCGUCCCCCACUUCGAGCACGUCGAGAUGAGGCCGAUCGGUCUUCGUCCUCGGGCUCUCUCUCUCCACCCCCAUGACUUCCUCACCCUGCGCCAGCUCACCCGU